AUGAGUGCGUACGAGCAAGCCGAAUCAGGCCUAGAACGCAUGGCCAACGCUAAGAUUCGACGUGCAAUGGAAGAAGGUGAGUUCCGUAAUUUGAAGGGCGAGGGCAAGCCAAUGGCACCAACAGAUGCGCACAAACAUGGUCUCAGCCCUUCAGACCCCAACUAUCUUGCCCACAAG